CUCUGGUUACGGACAAGCAGUAGUAUUAGCGACUUUUUUUUUCGACGAAUAACGAUACCGAGGAGUAUAAAGAUAAAAUAAUACCCUACAUGAUUUCAAACCGUUCGUGGUCUCUAUACGCUUCUCUUCCAAGUUUUUUCUUGAGCAACGAACUAUCAGGUUCCUCGGCCUAGUGUGCUCUUCAGCAAGAUGGCGGAUCGGAUACGCACUUCGUCUUCGCAGCAUGGCCUGCCAACGUGGACGUCGACAGAUAUUCACGAAUUGGAUACUUGGCUUUCUGAGCAUUCGUACCUCACCAAGGAAGCGACUACCGCUGCAUGUGAAGGUGAACAUGUAGCACAAGCACAACCUCACCAAGAUGUAACACGACCUGGCGAGCAAAAUACAAUUCCCCUCCCGGACAAAAUCCUUUUCGACCUUCUCUUCAACGACGGACCGAGCUUGGCAUGCUUUGCUACAGCGAACGUAGAUGAGCAAACCAAAAAACUCGCUUGUCAGUGCAGCGAAACCUUCCUCCCCUCAAUUUACCGGUGGAAGCAGCAUAUUCUGCAAAGGAGAAUCACCGGCUUCCGAACCGCGCAGCUCCAGUAUAGUAUGUUCGCUGAAACCAUGCAACGCAAAGUCGCGCAACAUGCCGCGGAGCUGAAUGGAAACUUAGCGGAAGGAGGUCGGGAGAAAUUACUCGAAAAUUCGUUUCUCGACGAGAAAACGCGAACGGAAUGGAAGAAACACAAGGAGCAAGUAGAGAGGGACAAUGUGGUGGUAGAAACAGAACGGUUGCAGCGACAAAGCGAAAUGAAGAUCUCCACGAUGCUGGAGGAAAAAGCGGAGUCCUCGUCCUUGUUGCCAGACCCAAGACGAGAGAUGGAAAAGAACAGGAAUAGCAGCCGAGGUGAAAGAGUGCACAGCACGACGUCGCGCAGCACCGCAACAGAAGAAAAUAUUAAAUCGCCCGUAAAAAUGGGGACAGGGCCUCUAAAUAGUUCAAGCGCAACCAUUUUUUCUCCUUGUUCCACCACAACUUCAUCCUGGUCGCCAAGCCGUCAGAGUACUGCGGCGAGUAGUACAAAUCCGAAUUCGCCGGCAAGCCACGUAAUCAAGGCCGCGCAAGCGACCGAUGAGAGCUGUUUGUUGCCAGAUGACCCGCAGGAAGAUGCCGUCGAAGAACAGGCCGCCCGCGAACGCGUCAUCGUCCAUGAGACCGUGCCGGAGAGUUGGAAACAGGACUACAAAUCCUACACGAGUGAAAUGAGUGGAACAUCAAAUCCGAAAUCCUCUUCCUAUCAGCAGAAACCGGUGAAACCGUUCCUCCGCGACCAAUUGUUGAGACAACAGGCCAAGCAGUGGGAUAUUUUCUACAAAAACAAUACGGUGAACUUCUUCAAGGACCGGCACUAUCUCGGGAAAGAGUUCGUCGAGCCAUAUUUGCAAGACGACAAAAUAUUGCCUUCUCAUGGUAUAGCAGCCCCGCAAGAGGAAAAGCCAAAACUUCUGCUGGAAAUCGGGUGCGGUGUGGGAAACAGCAUUCUACCCCUGAUGGAGCUCCUGAACGGUGAUGAAAAAGUAGAAAGUCCCACAGGUUUUGCAACACAAAUGAUCCAUCCCAGGGAGAACUUCUGGAAUUUCGUCGCCUGCGACCACAGCAAGGUGGCAAUAAAAUUGCUGAAUGAAAAACUAGAAGACCAUCCGAAAAGAGACACUGUUAUCGAGACCAUGGUCCUCGAUGCCACGAGCGAGAUGGAACCGGAGGACAAGAAACAAGGUGCCGUAGAACAAAAUCAAACACAGAUAAAUCAGGACGGAAAGCACUCUCACCCUCACCCCCUCGCCCCCUAUUUCGGUAAAUGUGACGCGGUGCUCCUCCUCUUCGUUUUGUCCGCGAUUGAGCCGAAAAAACAGCAAAAUGUCGCGAAACUGAUCGCGAAAUUGCUGAAACCAAAAACGGGCUUGCUACUGUUUCGGGACUACGCAAAAUUUGACUGGGCGGAAAUGAGAUUUCAGCAUCCGUUGCACAAACCCUGUCUGAUGUUAGCAGCGGAUAGGAAGAACGAGGAGGAAAAUAAAGCCGCGACUGCUUGCAAGCCAGAUGGCACUUGUGGUGCGAAUGAGUAUGCAACUACAGCUGCUUCUCCGGUCUCCGUUUCUGGCGGUGAAGAAUAUCAUGCAGAAUCUGCGGAAGCACGCUACAGAGGAGCUGCUCAACCUCCUGCCAACACAACUUCUGGAGUGGUUCAUGAACAAGCUAAAAAUCACCAAGCCCUUUACAAACGCCAUGACGGCACUCUGGCUUACUUUUUCGACUACGAAAAUAAGGAGCUGGAGAGGAAAAUCUUCACGAAAGAGCUGGGGUUCGCAGUAGGCCAGAAUUCGUCUUCCGAAGAUGAUGGUCUUCUGGAGCACAAGAUAGUCUGCCGCGAGAUCACGAACCGAAAGGAGAACAAAGUCAUGCGCAGGAUGUGGUUACAGGCGGUGUUUCGGAAAAGUUGAAAAUAGCGAAUUGCCGGUUUUAAAAAAACGAUGAUUGAAAGAAUGAGCGACACUUUAUUUUGCGAUGAACAAUGUUGGAAUACUGCCAUUGUUUUUGUUGGUGAUCAAAGCAGCACACGACGGUGAGGUCGACGACGCUUUAUUUCGUCCCGUAAAAAUCCUCUCACGACAGAAUAGAAAUCGAAUUUGUUGUUGUUCGCGG